AUGAAAAUUUUUGUGACUGUUGCCGCUACACUUGCUGCCUGCGCUCAAACGAUCUCCGCUGAUGUUUCAGCUGGACCCACGUGGGGCUACCAUACCAGGGAUGCCAACAUGAUUGACUCCGCAAACUGGGCGAGUGAGUGGGAUUCUUGCGGUGGUGUUCGUCAGUCACCAAUCGAUAUUGCCAUAUCUGGCAUGUGUGGCAAGGGCGAGGCAGUUCCUCUCAAGUUUGGUGGGAGUUGCUCUACGUACAACCUCGCUGAACCCCAUGAACCGCUUGAGGUUGACGUUGUUGGAGGUGAUUGCACUGUAUCUGUUAAAGAUGCCACUUACAACAUGCUUCAAUUUCACUUGCACGCUCCGUCAGAGCACACCAUCAAUGGUAAAGCUUUAGAUGCUUCGAUCCAUUUCGUGCACGCGUCCGAAGAUGGCGAUCUUCUGGUCGUAGGCAUAUUACUAGAAAUCAGUGCUAAGUCAGAUCCCUGGCUUGCACCCCUUCUUGACGCCCUCGAAACCGUCAGCUCGGCUAGUCAAACGGAUGCACUUACGGUGGAGCUUGAAUCGUACUCAAAACUUAUCGUCGAUGCCAGUCAGAACAGCAGCGUCUACAAUUACCCAGGUAGUCUUACAACCCCUAGUUGCAAUGAGACUGUCGACUGGUGGGUGGUGGAAAAAGCGGUAAAAAUUUCGUCCAUCGACUUCGGCCGCCUCCAUCAAGACCUUGUCGAGUACGAGAUCACGGACAACGGCAACAAUGCGCGACCCGCCCAGCCUUUGAAUGGCCGUACUGUUACACGCUACAACUAA